AUGGCAACACUCGAAGGCACGGCAGAUGUCGCACUGCACACGUCGUAUUCUGAGGUUUACCUCGUCCCAUUAAAUGACAGGAACGCGACCAGUGAACUGAACGGAGCGGCUGCGGGACUGAGCGACGCGGCGGCUGACAACGAGCCAUGUCAACUUCACCGCGUCAACGUCUCGGAACAGGGUGGUUCGGAUAGGAUUAACACUACCGGUCUGAAGCAGGCUGUCAAGGCGAUCUGUACCAUGAUGCAUCGCCUAGAGACGAACGAUAUCACACGCGCACUGCAGUGCACACGUCCGCACGUGAAAUUCCGCGGCGUGUUGACACCAGGGGGCGCCGUGUUUGUGUUUCAGGAGCUGACGGAGGCGGCGGCGGGGGACGAGCGGACGGCGGCGGCUGACACGGAGCAUGUCAACUUCACCGUCGUCAACGUCUCGCGAAACAGAAUGGGUGGUUCGGAUAGGAUUAACACUACCGGUCUGAAGCAGGCUGUCAAGGCGAUCUGUACCAUGAUGCAUCGCCUAGAGACGAACGAUAUCACACGCGCACUGCAGGAGCUGACGGAGGCGGCGGCGGGGGACGAGCGCACGGCGGCGGCUGACACUGAGCAUGCCAACUUCACCGUCGUCAACGUCUCGCGAAACAGUAACAUGAUCAUGGCCGUGGAGCAUUUGAACGAUGCCUUGCGGCGGCUGGUCGUCAUGUACUGCGCCGCCUUCAAACCCAACUUCACCGUAAUCGCGCUCUGCGAGCCGAAAGGUGAGGCGAAGCUCGUCACGGACAUGCUCGACAACCUGAUCCUGAACGUGGUGUCGGCGCACCGGCUUCCCGCGCGCUGGAGCGCCCUCUACGACAGCUACCGGCUCAGCUGCGGCAUCCACCAUGGCACGCGGCGGCUCUGCCCGGACGUGUGGACGAAGGCGACGCGCGCCGCCGCCGAAUUCUUCGAGAAGCUCGUCUUCGACGAGUGGGUGCAGUACCCUACGCUGCCGCUGUGCCUGCUGCCGCGGGAGUCGCGGCUCGUGCUGAGGCUCUACGGACUCAGGGUAGUGCCGUCGGAGGGCAAGAACGAGGUGGAGAAGCAGGUGCGCGACAUCAUCGGAUGGACGUCGCUCGACCUGUUCGACCUCGAAAAUGAGUUGGCGCAGGGCACCUAUCUGCUGGGAAUGUGGAUGGACAGACCGGUGGAACCUGUCGGACCGCGGGGAUCAAACCUAGACCAGCCAGACAGCGUUCUCCUACAGAUCGAUCUUCCAGAAUUUGACGACAACAUCCGAUUCCCUGAGGUCUUGCAAGGAAACCUAAGCGAGACGCGAGAGUUUGCGAGUCUGGACCCUCCGGAGCAACACCAGAUCGAGGAAAUCCUGGACAAAGACAUUCUAACGCAGUGCACCCGCGAGGAGCGCGACCUGCUGUGGGAGAAGCGUAACUACAUGUACGGCAUCGGUGGCGCCCUCCCGCGGCUGCUGCGCGCGGCGCACGGCUGGGACUGGGCGUGCUUGCCGGACAUCUACUGCAUGCUGCGGUACUGGGAGGUCUACCACCCGCUACAGCCGACCGAGGCGCUGCAGUUCCUGCUGCCACAGUACAUCGACGCGCAGGUGCGACGCACCGCGCUCGCGUGGCUGCGCGGCAUGUCGAGCGAUGAGGUGUGUGACUACCUGCCCCAGCUCGUGCAGGCUCUGCGCUUCGAGCGCACCGAGGAUUCCGCACUCGCCUGCUUCCUGCUAGAGCGAUCCCUGUCCAGCAUACGCGUCGCACACCACCUCUACUGGUGA